AUGUCUGCGUUGAAACAAAGAAAGGAGGAAUUCGUUGCUGGGCUUUCAGGUGGUUCUAUAAGUGAAAUUAAUCUAGUGACGUCGAUCGCCCUUAUAUCAUACUUCUGUUGGCAUCUACUGAAAGCCAAAUCAAAAAAUGUUCCAAUAUUGACCGAUUUCUUUCUAAACUGGUGUGGGCUUUUACUAUCUGUUACAAUUUACUCCGGAACUCCAAUUAGCCUGAAUAUAUUAAUCUUAUUGCCAUGCAUUGCAUAUUAUUUAGUUGUGCCAGAUCUACCUAAAGAGAAAAGUAAUAAAAUUAAUACUCAGAAAGCAUCUAAUGAGAAAUACAAAUUGGUUAAAAAGCCGUAUAUUACAGCAUAUCGAGGUGGAAUGCUAGUCGUUACGUGUAUUGCGAUUCUGGCCGUCGACUUUCCAAUAUUCCCACGGCGUUUUGCCAAGGUUGAAACUUGGGGUAGUUCAUUAAUGGAUCUAGGUGUAGGGUCAUUCGUAUUUAGCAACGGGCUGGUUUCCUCGAGAGCAGUUAUUAAAGAGGAGAUCGGCAUUACAAGGAAGCCCUUGCUUUUGAGAGUUUUCGAAGCCUUCAAAUCCAGCACUACUUUAUUGGCUCUUGGUGUUGCGCGUACUAUAAGUGUCAAAAACCUGCAAUACCAAGAACAUGUCACAGAGUAUGGCGUUCAUUGGAAUUUCUUCUUCACGCUGGCGCUCUUACCACCGGUAAUGAUAUUAUUCGAUUCAGUGUCCAAAUUUAUUCCACGUAUACUAAUUGCACUGUUUAUUUCACUUAUAUCGGAGGCAUUUUUAUUAUUUAAAGACGGCUUCCUAAACUAUAUGGUAUUCCAUCCCAGAGAUACAUUUUUCAAUGCUAAUAGGGAAGGCCUAUUUUCAUUUCUAGGUUAUUGUGCUAUCUUUCUAUGCGGACAGAGUACAGGGUUCUUUGUGCUUGGUAAUCAUGUCACUGAGAACAACUUAUACAAACCCUCUUCAAAGGUGUACAAUAGUAAAUCGAAUAAGCAUGCUUCUGUGUGGACUAAAUUGACCUCCAUGAGUCCUUUGAAUGGGUUACUUACUUGGUCGCUUAUAUUUAUUACAAUGACACAAUUUGUACUAUCGUAUUAUCCAUAUAAUAUUUCAAGGAGAUUUGCAAACCAACCGUAUGUUCUAUGGGUAGCAGCAUACAAUACUACUUUCCUUGCAGGUUAUUGUUUAGUGGAUUCGAUCUUUAAAAACGAUGGAUCGGAUGGUCAAAUUCCUAAAACAUUAGAGGCUAUUAAUUCCAACGGGCUGAUCAUAUUUUUGCUUGCAAAUCUUUUGACUGGCUUGACUAAUAUGAUCAUCAACACUCUCGACACGACACCCGCUUCAGGAAUUGCAAUAUUAUUGGCUUAUACCUCAGUAAUCUCACUAACAGCUAUGCUUAUGUAUAGUUACAAGAUUUUCAUUAAACUAUAG